UAUUGACAGUGGAGCGUGUAGGGUCAGUCGCUUUUCUCAAAACACAAACUGAAAUCUGCGGUGAAAAGCGAGUUUAACUUGUAGACUUUGUGACCACGGAUGAACCAUGGCUACAAUAACGUGUCGAGUGCAAUAUCUGGAGGAUUCAGACCCAUUUGUGUGCACAAAUUUCCCCGAGCCCCGCAGACCUCCGCAGUAUGACUUGAACGAGCAUUUGCCGUUGAACGAACUGAUCGCCGGUGUUCACAAGCUGCUCGAAGCACCUUUGAAGUUAGAGGAGUGUGCACUGCAACUGGCUUCUAAUGGCAACUAUCUGGAUCUGGAUUCAUCAUUUGCUGAACAGAGAGAUGAUCUGGAGCAGCUCUAUGAAGAUGUGGAAAAAGGCAAAAAGCCCAUCUUGAUUCUCCGUACGCAGCUCUCAGUGCGGGUUCAUUCCAUCCUAGAGAAGUUGUAUAACUCCCAUGGCCCUGAGCUCCGGCGGUCCUUGUUUUCUUUAAAGCAACUCUUCCAGGAUGAUAAGGACCUGGUUCCAGAGUUUGUGCUCUCCGAAGGUCUGACAUGUUUCAUUAAAGUGGGUGCUGAAGCAGAUCAUAACUACCAAAACUACAUCCUCAGAGCUCUCAGUCAGAUCAUGCUGUUUGUGGAUGGAAUGAACGGUGUUGUAAACCACAACGAGACGGUACAGUGGCUGUACACAUUGAGUGGCAGCCUGUCUCGGCUGGUUGUGAAGACUGCUCUGAAGUUGCUGAUAGUGUUUGUGGAAUACACCGAGUCCAACAGUCCACUCCUCAUUCAAGCUGUCAACAUUGUGGAUGGAAAGAGAGGUGUGAAGCCUUGGACGUACCUAACAGAUAUCCUGUCUGCGAAGAAUGGAUCAGACACAGAGCUGCUCAUCUACACUAUGACCCUCAUCAACAAGACUCUGGCAGCGCUUCCGGAUCAGGACUCAUUUUAUGAUGUGACAGACUGUUUGGAGCAGUUAGGAAUGGAAGGCAUCGUCCAGAAACACAUGGCUAGCAGUGGCACAGAGGGUGACCUUAAACAGCAGUUCACCAUUUAUGAAAAUGCCCUCAGGAAUGAAGAUGACGAGAUGGAUGAUGGAGCACCUAACAUCCGUAGAGACCGACGGAAACUGACCCCCAGCGAGCAGGACGGCAGGAGGAGCCGGCGGUCAUCUUCUCACAGUCUCCCAGAUAAUUCCUUUCGACCCGCUUCCCCAACCGUAUCCGUUUCUUCUAAUAGCCCUACACUAGAGGUGAUGCGCACAGCCUCCCCUCAGCAGUCAGAUUCCUCUAAUUCUCCCGUUCCUGGCAGUCCUGUAUUGACCAGCCCCUCUUCUACAACAUCCGACUCCCCAACUCCACCCCUCGCUCAGAUGACUAGCGGAGCUGAGACUGUUGCCACCUCUGAGCAGGAAAAUAACUUGGGGCGCUCUUUUAUGAGUCAGUACAUAGCUCACAUGGGGAUUUCUAGACGGAGGUUAAAAAAGGAGAGGUCAAUAACUGAGGAAACCUCAAGAAUCUCCAACAGAGCGUCUUUCACCGAAACGGACUCUCCUCAGGAGAUCCCUGCCCAGCCAGCUGCAGAGCAACCCAGCCGGACAGAGGGAAAGAGAGUCUUCAAACAGCACCAGGCAGACAGUUUUUGUCCAGAGAGUGUGAAUAGAGACUUGCCGGUUCUGAGGAAUUUAGAAGACACGUUCUUGCGUUCUCUGGCUGUGUCCCAGUGGGAGAAGAAAAAGAAGUCAUUUGCCGCACAGGAGAAACCUUCUCUGAGGGAGAGUGUGGCGUCUACAGAAGCAGAGACGUCUACUGAAGCCGAGCAGCCGGUCUCCAGCUCAGACGCCACAGGAUCUAUUAGUGGUCAGGAGUCUCAGGGGGUAAACUUGACCAGGCACACACUGGAGCAGCAAGAGGACACAACGACAGCCCACAAUGAAGCAGAGGGUGGUUUGCAGCGUCAGGGCAGUACAGCGGAACAGCACAGCACCCUCUCUAAUGACAGGAAGUUCAUGUUGGACAUGCUCUACUCCAAAAACAACAUCUCUUCUGGAGGUCUAAAAAGUCCAAGUCUGGAAAGUGCACUUGAGGAUCAUGGGAUCACCAGUGUGGCCGGACGGCUCUCCAGACUGCAGUCGUGCUCUUCUCAGCCCACAGAGGACGCGUCCAGACAGGCAGAGCUGACGAGCCUCGGAGGUACUGCUAAGGCCGCUCGCGCCAGGCUAGCAGAGGAAAAAAUGCUCAAGACGCUGCGUCCACAGUACAGUAUCGAAGCAGAGACUCAUUCACAGAGUUUGGAGAAGACGAUGAUGACACCAUUGUCCAGGGGUAAUCAGGAUGCCUGGGAGAAGCUGCAGCCCAGUUCCAGACCUCUGCGGAUUAAAGAUCUUGACUUCUCUGAUCUGAUGGAGGAGGAGGAUAUCGAUGUGCUGGAUAUAGACACUUUUGACAACGCUUUGCCUAAUGGAGUACUGCCACCCUCUCCUCCAGUGCCAGGACUGGGUUCUGCCCCCCCACCACCACCUCCUCCCCCUCCUCCUCCUGGAUGUGCUACUCUGGCUCCACCCCCUCCCCCUCCUCCUCCUCCUCCUCCUGGAGGUUUGAGUGUGCCCCCUCCUCCUCCAGGACUCCUUCCUCCAUCCCCGUCUCAGGGGGUUGAUCCGGCUUUUCUAAAGAAACGGAAAACGGUCAAGCUGUUUUGGAAGGAGCUUAAGCAGCCUGACAGCCCCAGGAAGUGCAAGUUUGGGCGGGGCACAGUGUGGGCUUCGCUUGAUAAGGUUGCAGUUGAUACAGCUAAGCUGGAGCACCUGUUUGAGUCCAAGGGCAAGGAACUUCCAGUAGCAAAGAAAUGUGCUGAGACCAAGAAAGCAGCAAUUUUAGUGCUUGAUCCAAAGAGAAGCAAUGCCAUCAACAUCGGCAUGACUGUUUUACCUGCUGUACAUGUCAUCAAGAGUGCCAUCCUCACCUUUGAUGAGUUCGCCAUCAGUAAAGAGGGCAUUGAGAAAAUCCUGACCAUGACUCCGACUGAUGAAGAGAAACAGAAGAUUCAGGAGGCACAGCUGGCCAACCCUGACGUACCGCUGGGUUCGGCAGAGCAGUUCCUGCUCACUCUGUCCUCCAUCAGUGGCCUUUCAGCCAGAUUACAGCUUUGGGCCUUUAAACUGAACUAUGAGACCCUGGAGAAGGAGAUUGCAGAGCCUCUAUUUGACCUCAAACUGGGUAUGGAACAACUUGCCAAGAACAAAACCUUCAAGCAUAUCCUCGCAACACUACUGGCCAUUGGCAACUUCCUCAAUAGCUCCAAUGCUAAGGGCUUUGAGCUCAGUUAUUUGGAGAAGGUAACUGAGGUAAAGGACACAGUACACAGGCAGUCUCUGCUUCAUCAUACUUGCAACUUUGUGGUGGAAAAUUACCCAGAUACGACAGACCUUUACUCGGAGAUCCCUGCUAUUACACGCUCUGCUAAAGUAGAGUUUGAGCAGUUGUCUGAAAACCUGAUUCAGUUGGAGAGAAAAUGCAAAGCCUCCUGGGACAACCUGAAAGUAGUGGCCAAACAUGAAACAAAACCUAACUUGAAAAACAAAAUGACAGAAUUCCUGAAAGACUGUACUGAAAGGAUUAUCAUCCUAAAAGUAGUGCACAGACGCAUUAUUAACAGGUUUCAUUCCUUUCUGCUAUACUUGGGCCAGCCCUCUUACUCAGUGCGGGACACUAAAGUAACUCAAUUCUGUAAGAUCAUCAGUGAGUUUGCUCUGGAGUACCGCACCACUCGAGAGAGAGUCCUCACCCAGAAACGCAAACGUGCUGUCCACCGGGAGCGCACCAAAACCCGGGGCAAGAUGAUCACAGAGACAGAGAAGUUUUCUGGAGCAGUUCCACAGCUGUCUCUGGAGGACAGCCUAUCCCCAGUUUCAUCAACAAUAGAAUCAGAGCCAGCCCAAGAGGAGCAUGAGAACAUGAAAAACCUGCUAACUACCAACGACGACAACAGCAAGCUGCGCAGGAGCCGCGGUGUACGAAGUUUAGGCAGGGUUAGCGCACCCAUGUCUGUCGCCAAAGAGGACAGCGCCAGCUCACAGGAUGAUGCCACAGAUGAGAUCAUGGAUCGUCUGUUUAAGUCUGUUACCCAGAAUCCCUCAGAGAGGGCGUCUAGUCCAAAAACACGGAAACGUUCGCGGCUUAACCGAAAGUCGUUGCGGAGGACUCUAAAGAGUGGGCUAAGUGUGGAUGUGGUGCAGGCCCUUGGCCUCGGCAGUCCUAACGGGAAGGUCUGAAGCUGUGGAAAACUCUUGCAAGGCAGAAAUGAGGCCAUGAGGAGAGCUGUAUUCGUGAUCGGAAGAACUGUGAUAACAAAGGGAUCCUCACUGAACAAUUCAGUGCAUGAAUCAUGUGCUUCCAGUUGGAAACAAACAGCUGUGUUAGUGUACAAACACCUGAAGUGUGUGCACGAUAUCUAUUAGACAUAUUAUGACUGGUGCAAACUUCAUUUGCAUUGUAUUAAAUAUCAGCCUACGUUUACCGAUGAAGAAUAAAUGUAAAGUGCUAAAUAUUUUUAGCAGAUGGACAUAUAUUUUGUAAAGAGACUUUUGCAUAGAAUGGAGAACAAUUUAUCAGUUACAGACAUGUAUUUAAGGGUUUGAAAGGUUUUAAGUUAAAAGUGCAUUUUUAAAGAGAAUUUUUAUACUUUUGCCAUAUAUGUUGUGAUGGCUCAUGGUUAGGAUUGUGGAAGCCAGUUGCUGAGAUCAGUGCAAUAGGGUAACUCAAACACACUGUUUUCAUGGGCCCAUUAAUGAAGCGGGACCCUGGAUUAAACUGCACUGUUAGUAAUGAUUGGCCAAUUAAUAACUCUUUAGUUUUGGACAAGGUUUCAUUUGUGUCUGGAAAGCUGACCCAUGUGCACCUGGAUAGUGUUCCAACUGAAUAUCCUGACUACCAAGGAGAUCUUGAUUAGAGAGGACAUAAACUAUGCCACAUGUUUGUUUAUCUUUUAUUUAUCACAGCACUUUCUUGAUAGGUUUGUGGAUUCUACAACACAGUCGUGUAUUCUGCUGUAUCACAUUUCUGUCCUGGUAUUUAUUAAUGUGCUCAUAGUUGAGAGAAAGAUGGGAGAUUUUCACACUUUCAGUUUUUUGACGUCUUAGUUUCACCCUUUUAGUUAUUCCAUUGUUAUGGUGUUAUACAAUUUGUGCAUGGACCACUCUCUCGUUAAAGAGAAAUUGUUAAAAAAAAAAAACAUUUUAUAAAGCCCUUUAUUACUGUUACAAGCACACAUUUUAAGGAUUUUCUUGCUGUUUUUGCACAGGGGUUCAUGCUUAUAAGAAUUUAGAGUCACUAUGAGUCACUCUGUUGUUUUAUGUAUGACCUUAUUACCUUUCUGCAUGAGUGCAUGUGUUCUACACUCUGAAUGUAUCACUAUUAGCGUGUCCCCGUCACUACUCUCAACACCUGCACAAAUAAAGUUUGUUUGCAAAGAAAUUGCAAGUACAGUACUUCUAAUGUUAGACAUUGUAUUCUGAUUCAGAAUUGUUUUACAAAGACAUGUUGGCCUCGAAACCCAAGACAGUGCUCUGUUUAAAAAAUAAAAUAAAUGGUUCAACUUUUUCUGUUA